AUGAAUCAGGAGAGAACAAUGCUCAUCAAAAGGGGUAAUAUACUUCAUUAUAAUUAUGUUCAAAAUGUAAAGCUGUACCAUCAUUGUCAUAAUUUUCUUACAGAUGUUGCUGAAAAUAUUGAAGAUAACUGGACUGUGCAAGGACAGAAGGAUCGUCAGUUCUUUAGUGUACCGUGUGAUCAGACGAUCGCACAAACCUUAAACAAGGAUUCCAAGAUGAAAGGUGGCUUAGUGGGUUUCACUUUAAAUAGAUGAGCAGCCCACCGCUUGAUUUUGGGGCAAGCUGAGAGAAGCGCAAUCAUAUCAAAAUUUCCAGCCAAACCGUCAACCACAACAAAAUCAGAAAGAUUGGUUGAAUUACCUAGAAUUUGUUCAUGGGAUGAUAAGAAAAAGAACUUAGCUAUUCCUGUUAGAAUUACACAGAGACAAAAUUACCACCACUGUAAUUUUAAUAAUACUUCAAAUAUUAACUCAAAGAGACGAAGUUACUUGGUACCUAUUAAUUUAACAUCCACAAGUAAAGUUCCUUCGAGAGAGUCAGGUUUUGCUGUUCCUAAGUUUAUGUUUAUCAAUAUAUGUAGUCUGGCAAAAACAAAAAAUCGAGUACGAGCUGUAGUUGCACUGGAGGCAGACUUGCUCAAUAACGAUGUAGAUGUAUGUGUGGUGAGCGAGAGUCACCUGAAACCUGAAAUGCCAGAUGCUGUGGUGACCAUUCACAAUUAUUCAAUAUUUAGAAGAGAUAGAAGUUGUGAAGGAUGCGAUAUGAGAGCAAAAGGAGGGGUAGCAAUAUAUGUUCGGAACAGCUUAAAAGUUAUUGAUAUUUAUCGAUCCAGUUUGUACGAACUUAUUGGUGACACACUUCUGUUACCUACAGGAAACCGCAUGUCGAUAUAUGGCCUUUAUCACCCACCUAGGCACAAUUAUCUGGAGAGCGACUUAUUGGAUUAUUUAAUAAAUAUUUCUGACGACGUUCUGGACAAAUAUCCAGACACUGUAAUUGUUUGUGGAGGGGAUUUGAACAGUUUGGACAUAAAACACCUUGAGGAACUAUCAGGAUGGGAUGCAAUGGUCGACUUUUCAACAAGGGGUAACGCAUAUUUGGAUAACUGCCUUACAAAUAGAAUAGAUUUGUUCUCAAAAUGA